AUGGAUUAUCUCAAUCCCUUCCAUGCAUAUGAUGAGGGCAAUCUUUCCUGGCUGAUAAUGUGCAUAAUGGUUGAUUUAAUUUGCUUCAGUAGUAAUGCGGAAGCAGUAAGUGGAGUACUCACUAGUGUCGAGGUAAAGCAUAGAGAUUUUGAUACAUUCCAUAAUGAGAUUCUCCAACAGGCUGCGGCUGAGGCAGAGGCUGCAACUAUGUCAAUGAUGAGACGGGCAAUACCAUAUGCUUCUUCAUUGGAUGAAGCUAAUCAAAUAGUUCGUGGAAAUUGGCUGAAUGCAAUUGAAGAACACCAUCGGAAAUAUUCAGAAGACAAUAUUGUCAGAGAAAUUCUUGAUAUCGGAUGUUCAGUUGGUGUCAGCACAAGGUGCCUUGCUGAUAAAUUUCCCAAUGCUAGAGUGACUGGCCUGGACCUGUCACCAUAUUUUCUUGCUGUUGCUCAAUAUAAAGAAAAGAAAAGCAGCCCAAGAAUGAAUCCUGUCUGUUGGAUCCAUGCUAAUGGUGAAAGUACAGGCUUGCCUUCCAAAUCAUUUGACAUUCUUUCUGUUGCUUAUGUGUUCCAUGAAUGCCCUGAAAGAGCAAUAAACAAUAUGGUGAGAGAAGCAUUUCGACUGCUUCGACCUGGAGGAACUUUUGCAAUCACAGACAACUCGCCAAAAUCAAAGAUUCUUCAGGAAUUAUCACCGGUGCUAUUUAUGCUAAUGAAGAGUACUGAACCAUUCCUGGAUGAGUAUUAUUUGACAGAUCUUGAAAGAGUAAUGAGAGAAGCAGGCUUUAUCAAUGUAAAUACAGUUCUCACGGAUCCAAGGCACAGGACAGUGACUGCAACUGUGCCUUACUAG